CUCAUGUUUAUGUUCGCAAUUGUAACAAAAAAUGCAUAUAAUUGUUUUGUACAGCACUAUAAUGCAGCAUGUUUGAAAUAAUUUCUUACUGAAGUUUUCUAUCAUAUUACUAUCUAAGUGUUCGUGUCUACCGCAUAUAUAGGUAGCUAUAUUUUAUAGAGCGCAAAUAUGUUUGAAGAUAGCAGUAACUUCCAUGUAUUUUGGUACGGCUGACAUAAACUUUCAGGCUUGCCUUGCUGAAAUUAUGCUCCAUAACAUUAUAUGUAUAUCAUGGGAUCUACCGAAAUUGAAGACAUGAAGAUAUCGUCUGCUGGCGAAGAGAAACCCAUAGACAUUUGGCAGUCAGGAAAUCAUUGCCACAGUAGAUAUUUUCCUAUUCAGAGCACAAUGUUAUAAACCUAAAAAAAUAUAUAUAUAUAUACAUAUAUAUAUAUAUUGGCAUAGCCAGUAAAUACGUUCUCCAUUUAAUAUGAAGGUCCUAUAAUUAAUUCGCAAGUUAGCUAUGUAAAAGGUACAUUUGGGUAUUAUUAGCGUCUUUUGUUUGAAAUGAAGACACAUUGAAUUCAAAUAUAGUAUACAAAAUAUUCGAUAACAUAGCUAUUCAACAAAAAGAGCAAAAUAUAUUGUGAACAAUAAGGAAGGGAUCAUAUGUUCUUUAUAUUCACCAUCCCUUUGCGCGCCACUUACUCGUAAACACUCAAGAAUUCGGCAAAAGUGGAGAUGGUGCUACCGCGAUGAGAAAUUGUAAAUGAACACCUCUAACACGAUAUAUAUUAGGAAACCCUUUCGCGUGACGACAAAAUGGGUAUCCAGGGCUUACUUCCAUUCCUUAAAAAGGCUUCAAGAGCAGCGAAUCUCCGUGACUUUAAGGGUCAAACUGUGGCCGUGGAUGCCUAUUGCUGGCUACAUAAAGGGGCUUUCUCUUGCGCAGAUAAACUUGUUCGUGGAGAACCAACGGAUGGAUAUGUGUUGUAUAUUAUGAAACAGGUCAACCAGCUCCUGAGCUAUGGUAUUAAGCCAAUCCUAGUGUUUGAUGGAUGCCAUCUUCCAUCAAAAGCCAUCACUGAGAAAAAAAGAAGAGAGAACCGUGAAAAAAAUCGCAAGAAAGCCAAAGAACUCUUACGUGAAGGGAAGGCAAAAGAGGCACGAGAAUGUUUCCAGCGAUGUGUUGAUAUCACAUCAGAAAUGGCAGCUGAUACCAUCAAGGCUUGCCGUGCUAGAAAUAUAGAUGUUAUAGUGGCCCCAUAUGAAGCAGACUCACAGCUAGCUUACCUGAACCUGAGUGGCAUUGCUCAGCUUAUCAUAACAGAAGAUUCUGAUCUGAUCCUCUUCGGCUGCAAGAAAGUUCUGUUCAAGAUGGACAAUAAUGGAGGAGGUAUCUUGGUGGAGCAAGAACAGCUGCAUGUGUCCAUGAACAUGCCACGAGACAAGUUCACUUUUGACAAGUUCAUAAACAUGUGCAUCCUCUCAGGUUGUGACUACCUCCCCUCAUUGCAUGGCAUUGGACUUGCCAAGGCUUGCAAGUUCUUCAGUAUUACCACAAAUCCAGAUAUACAUAAUGUUUUAUGCAAGCUACCGUCUUACCUGAAAAUGCCCCACCUAGAAGUGACCAAAGAAUAUCGAGAUGGAUUCAUGCAAGCCAAAAAUACAUUCCUCUAUCAGCUGGUGUUUGACCCAGUGGAGCGCACCCUUCGUCCCCUCCAGGAGUAUCCCGAGGGCAAGGGACCUGAAGAUUAUCCCUAUGCAGGCAGGUUUGUAGGGCACGAGAGAGCUCUGCAAAUAGCAUUGGGAAAUGUGAAUGUUCAGACAGGAGAGAAGGUGGAUGACUUCUGUCCUGAGACAUAUGUUCCCCCAGAGCCAAAGUCAUCAGGAUGGGAUAAGCGUGGGGACAUCUGCACCGCCCAUCGCAGCAUAUGGAGUAGAGACUUCACCCCAUCCAAGGUGGUUCCUGCAGUGCCUAGUAUCCUGGGCGGCUCAGAGAAGCAGAGCACCCUUGGGAAGGAAUUAUUAGUAUCUUCUACUCCAGUCCUAAAGAGAAAAUUUAAACCAGAACCAGUACCAGAUGAUGAUGGUUUUCCCACUGAAGAUGAACUACAAGAUUUAUAUGGUUUGCCUGCUAAACGUAAGAAGGAAGAAGCACCAGUUGACAGUUACAUUGCUGAUGAAGACAUAGCUGGGAAAACAGCCUUGGAUCAUUUAUCCGAAGGACUUGAUUUUGAGGAAGAAAAAGUAAAAAUGGAAGUAGGAGAUUUGUCACCAGAGCUGAAAACUGAAAGUCCUUCAGCUAAGAGCAAUAGGUCCAAAAAUCCAUUUGCUAAGGCAAAGUCUCCUAUUAAACCUGCAGGACAAUUCAGUGCACUUAAGAGAUUUACCAAAAUCAGGAAAUCAUUGGAAAAGUCAAACACAGUUGUGCAGAGCAGGUACUUUGCCAAGGCAGUGCCUAGUGCCACAAAUAACCAGGGUGAAAAGAAAAGUGAGGAAGAAGAAAAGCCUGAACCCAAAGCACUAGAUGGAGAAGUAAUAGACCACCAGAAGGUUAAGUUAGAGAGUGAAUUACAGAUUAAAACAGAAGAUGAAAAAAUACCCAGUGAAUCUCAUGAUGAACUUGUUAAAGCACCUUUGUCUCCUGUUAUAAACAAUAUUCAGAAAAAUAACAAAAACAGCACAUUCAAGUGGGGGAAACUGUCAGAUAAGUUUGGAUUUAAAGACAAAGUCAAGAUAGAGAGCAGCCCAUCAACAAAGUACACUUUCAAGGCUGUCACUAAAACACCAAGCACAAGAGAAACUGAUGAAAGUAAAGAAAAUGCUGUCAGUCUGUCCCAGAAAUCAGAUCCUAGGGAACUGCCACUUUCUCAGAGCAGUUUAGUAUCUGAAGCUUCAGCAGUCAGUGAUGUAGGCUCAAUAGAUAAUGAAUCAUUUGGCCUAACACCUACUCCAGAAAUGUCAGCCAAGUGUGAUAAGGAUUCAGAAGUAGCAAGUCCUCCCUCCAUAACCAGUGCCAUGCCCAGUCAAAAGACACUUCUGUCCAACAAAGGUACAAAGAAUAGAGGAAGGGCAGUUGGUUUAUCCCGUCCCAGUGGAGCAAACAAGAAAAAUACAGAUAAGAAGCAGUUAAGCUUAAAGGAUAUGUUUGGCUUUAAAAAGGAUGCUCCUAAGCUACACUGAGGAAGACUUUGAAGCUACAACAGCAGUGACUGAAGAAAUAUCCAAGACACUGAUGUUGAACUCUUGUCACCAUCACCAGGAUUUUAAUAGGAAGUGGAGGUUUGUUAAUAAUAGGUGGCCAUUGUUAUUUCACUGCACAAUUUAUAUUUUGUUUAUACAAUAUUUAAUGCAUUCCUACAUUGUUGAAGAAAGUUUACAUUUACAAAUAUUUAACUUAGGGAUGACAGUCCUGCUCACAGUACAAAUUAAUAUUGACUGAAAGAUAGUAUUGGUGUGAUGCAUUACUUUACUUUUCUCAGGUCUGAUAUCUUAAUGAAUUGUGAAACAUCCUCUGAAACAGAUGAACAAAUAAAUCUUCCAGUUUAUUUUUACUUUUGUAUAUUUGUGGAAGUUCAAAAAUGAUAAACAAGCAAAUAUAAAAUAGUACCUGUCAGUCCUAGGAUUAUUUGUAAAUAACAGUGUCAUUUAUAAGGAAAUGGAACACACUACUCUCUGUAGUGUUGUUUUAAUUAGGCUUUUUCUUAAAAAAUAGAGGAACAAAAAUUAUCUGAAAUUUUGUUUUUUAAUUGUCUUUAGAUAAUUGGCAUAUUAACAGUACUUUAGGGAGUGAUCUCCCUAUUUUAACCCAAUGCCAACAGGUAUGACAUGUACGUACAUGCCAUGCCCACUGGGAGUUACUUGUUUGUUUUUGCACAUAGAUGGCUACACUUGUACUAAGUCACCAAUGAGCCAAUUA